UAGGUUUUCACUCGAUUAUUCUGAAAACUAACAUUGCCACGUGAUUCAGCAUGGUCGAUAACCUAUGUUUUCAUUCAUUUCCCACAGGCCUAAGCCUAACGGCAGGAGAGUGCUAAGGCUUCAGGAAUAGCUCCUGAACCAUGGGUUUUCAAGAUGUCGGUUAGAUCCAGUUUUGUAGAGGACACUUCAGACUAUAUAUGCCCCCCAUAUAUCAAUAGAUCCUAUUUGAAUUUCGAAAACACCAGGCUAGUUUCUCCAAGAUUCUCUUGAAAACCGGCUUCGAAAAUUCGGUUUGCUUGUGGAAAGAUACUCUCAAGCUUUGUCCAUCGAAUGGUGAAAACUGCAAGUCUCUAUCUUUAUUUGAUGCUGAGUUAUUAAAAAAGUAACCACUGCUCUUGUAUUUUGGCUCUAAUAGUACUUGUAUUGAUAAUACAAUAGCUUUUUAACUGUUUUGCUGAUAAAAAUUAAAUUCGACCCUACGGAACAUUAUUCUUUCACAUGAUUCUCUCCAUGCAUAGUUUUUCAAUUGGGAAAAUGUUGUUUGAUAAAGAAGAUCAAAAUCAACCGACAGCGAACAACUAAUAUGAACACAUAUCUGUUCAAAACUUAAUGCUAUGACCAAUAGUAUUAGCUUCUACUGCUUAAACUAUUUGUAUUCUAUUGCAGUAGAGAUGACUUUAACAAAUUUCCACAGGCACUAAUUGAAUUUCAAGAAGAAUGUGGUCAAAAUAUUAUCGAUCCUUAUAUAGGUGGUCCAAUUCAUUAUACGGAGUUUAUGGAUGGAACGAAAUGA